AUGGCUGCUGGGAAGGGGGCCCCACAGGGCCCGUCCGCUGCAAACAGAUGGCGGUUUAGCGAACCUGAGCAGGGCCAGGGCCGCAAGCCGGUGCUGCUCGAGAAAACGAACCGCCUGGGCUGCGAGGCUGCCGUGGGCAGGGGGGCCCGGGAUGCGGCAUGCACUGAGCUGGCACUGUCAGCAGCGGUGGGCAAACCCAGACUGGGCAAGCCGCUGCCCCGGAAGGCGCGUGGGGAGCAGAGGCAGAGCGCCUUCAUGGAGCUGCCGAGGCUCAAGGAGAGGCUGGGGGGCGGUCGGGCCCAGGAAAGGGGGCACGAUGACCCCGCAGGCCAGCCUGGCCCUGCACAGCUGAUCCAGGAUGUCCCCAGGGACCCAGUCAGCAGCACACUCUUGUCUGUGUGGCCCAGCAGAGCCCAAGGUGAGCAGAGAAGCGCCUUCAGCAAGCCGACCAAGCGACCAGCAGAGAGGCCCCGGCCAACCCCCGUCUUCCCCGCAGGUGAAUCUGCAGACACCCUGGGGGAGCUGUCUGGACUCAUCCACACUGUAGGCACCCCUUGUUGGGGUCGACUUUCAACUCCCAAGCUUUUGAUCAGUGAUCUCUGGAACUUGCAAACGUUGCCACAGAAUGCUCCAUUCUGCAGCGCUUUCCUGGGUGCCCCCAGACUGUGGCUGGAGCACACCCAGGCCCAGGCACCCACGCCCCUGUCAUCCUCCCCUACCUCAUGGGCCCUCCUGCCGCCCACCCUCACCUCCCUGGGCUUGUCCACCCAGAACUGGUGUGCAAAGUGCAACCUCUCUUUCCGCCUGACGUCCGACCUGGUCUUCCACAUGCGGUCCCAUCACAAAAAGGAGCCCACGGGGCUAGACCCGCAUUCUAAGAAGCGGAGAGAAGAGGCCCUCACCUGCCCCGUGUGCCAAGAGUACUUCCGGGAGCGCCACCAUCUCUCCCGGCACAUGACUUCUCACAGUUAG